GUUUGCCUCAAAUGGUGGGAGGGGAUUGAUUGGAUUCUCAGAUGCAAAGGCAACUGUAGCAGAAGAGAGAUGGCAAUGCCAUGGGGCGUGACUGUUUGGAUGGCGAAGAUGGUGUGGUUGGCUCUCACCGGCUGGGUUUCGUCUUGCUUGGCCGUUGCCGAUGAAGUCGCCGGCUCCCUUAGAACAGGAGAUAUUGGCCCUUUUCAUGUCGGCUGAUUGAUUCUGCACCACUCCAAGCACCAUAGCUCUCUGAUGACGGUGAAAGGACUCUGGAUGCAUGGCCUGGACAUCCAGAGCUGCUAAGUUUAUUUUGUGAAUACUGAGUAGAUUUUUUUAUCAAUGGAAUUGUGAUCCGUCGUUUGAUAUUAAAUACAAAUUCAUAGUUAGGAUUUCCUUUCUACUUGAGAGUUGUAUUGGGGUUUGUUUUUGGUACUGGAAAGUUGUAAUUUUCUCAUAUUUUUUUGGAAAUCACUUGGAUUGUUGGGUGCUAUGCUUUAAAACCAAGUCUCGUCGUGGUGGGACCAACAUUUUUCUUC